AUGUUGGCACAUACAAUAUUUCUGCUCUGUAUAGCAUCAGGCGUUGUGAACUCCCAACUCAGUGGCCUCAGAUUCGGCGGAUUAGGUAGGCAAAAUCAAUUCGGUUUGACCAGUGGAGGAGGAGGAAUAGGAGGAGGAAGAUUAGGAGGACUAGGAGAAGGAAGACUCAUUUCGACAACAUAUCGACACAACAAAAUCUGUUGUCCAAAUUCCAAUGGGUCCACCCUCACAGAUUCCAAAGCUUCCCAUCAAAUACGAACCACCACAAAAGAGUAUCGGAGAUAUGAUUACGAACCGAAUUCCUUUGUUGCGCAAACUCCCCUUCCAAGUCAAAGUUGGGUGGGCGAAGGCAAGUGGAAAUCCAAUGACAGAUUUGAGAAGGGAAUUGGACAAGAUGAGGUAUGAAGAACUAAGGAGACAUAAUGAAAAAGCUUCAAACCCGUGGCCGAGGCAUCCCUGAAGUAUCCAUUACUUCCCUGUUUUGUGCC